ACCGCCACCACUUCCCGAUCGCGUGAGAGACCGCGGUUGGGCGGCGACACGAGCGAACUGGUCAUGCGACGAUACUCGACGCGGUUCGCAGGAGGCAUGCCCCAAGAUGGCCCAGCUCCUCCCAUGCCGGCCAUGCCCGCAAUGCCGGCCCAGUAUGCGAGCAGUAUGGCACGCCCCGAUACGGCGCGUCCGGCCACGUCGAGGGGACGCGCAAGUCCGGAGCGCGAGAGAGGAAAGGGCAAGCUUCAGGUGGACAUGCGCGCAUUGAAGGACCCCAGUCUCAACGCCGAGAAGUACGUCCAGACCGUGCUGGGAGAUGCUACGGAGCAGGACAUCAUCGCCUUCCAAAAGGACCUGCAGAAUGUCAAGUCGCACACCGAGGCUGAUCUGCAGCACAAUGUCUACCAGAACCGCACCCAGUUCAUCAAGAUCUCCAAAGAGGCCGAUAAGCUGAAGAACGAGAUGCGCACUCUGCAAACAUACAUGACGGAGUUGACGGGCGCCUUGGGACACGCGACGUCAGCUGGCGGUGCAGACGUCAACUCCGGGAGCACUCUCAGCCUGGCCGACCGGAAGCGCGCGAAUAGGAGCAGCGUCGCGAACCUGGAAGCCAUGUGGAGCACUCAUCUUCAGACGCUGUGGAAGCGCGUUGAAGGCAGUCAAAAGUAUCUGCCUGCCAUUCCCGGUAGACACAUUCUGAUGGAAAGUCAGAGAUGGGUCGAGCUGAAUGCCGCAACGUGGAAGCCCAGGAGACGCGUGGCCUUGGUCCUGCUCAAUGACCAUUUGCUUGUUGCGAGCGAGAAGAAGAGGCCGGCAGAGGCGACACCGCAGAAGAACAACAGGCAGAGCAUGUACGGUGGUCCGCAAGCUUCAACCACUACCCUGGUGGCCGAUCGAUGCUGGCAGCUGAACGAAGUGUCCCUUGCUGACAUUUCUACUCGCGCUUCCACGAGCAUCGGCCACAGCAAUUCCAGGGAGAACAAGAAUAUUGCCAAUGCAAUCAAUGUCCGUGCUGGUAAUGAGUCCUUUACAUACGCCACUAGCGAUCCAGGCGACAAGUUGAACCUGAUUGUCACUUUCCGCAAAGCGCAGGAAGAUCAACGAAAGCAGCUUGCAGCGGAACAUGCAAGCCGAACGAAGGAUGUAGAUACGUUCUCAGCACUAACAGGUCGUGAUCCCAGGUCCCUCAAGAGAGCCGCGGCAGCUGCCAUGGAGGCUGAAGAGUCGAAGGGUUUCGGAGGGCUAAGUCGUAGCAACUCUGUUUUAGUGGAUGUGGAUGGUCGACCGCAAAGUAUCAGAUGGGUCGAAUCACAGAUCGAUGGCCUCGACAUUGACAUUGCGCUGCAGCGUUUCGAGGAAGCUGUAGACAGAGCAGAGAAGUUGCGCAAAAUGGCUCGAGGCAUCAAAGGCAAUCAGACUGCGCAGGAAAUCAUUCAGGCCAAGGUCAACGAACGCGCAUCAAAGCUUGCAAAUUCCAUCUCCAGGCAAUUGAGUCACACGAGCGGUGGUAUGGAGAAGACCAAGGAGAACGUAUCUUGGUUGCUGCGCCUUGGAUACGAAGAACUGGCUCGAAAUACCUAUUUGUCUUCCCGAACGGCCACCAUACGCUUACGGAUACGACAGGUUACUUUCACCGGAGAUCUGGUUCCUUACGUUCAUGCAUAUUCGUACGUGGUCUUCACUCUUGUCCUCUACACCUUCAAAACAUUCAACGCGUCCUUUCCGCCCACUUCCGGAUCUGCCGCUGUGAAAUGGGCCAAGGAGCGAGUCGAUGAAUUCAACGACUCGCUGCAACGGCAGCUAAGCACCGUCGAUCGUCAGUCCGAGAUGUACAAGGAAUGCAUGGCUGCUGUCACUGAAAAAGCUGCCGUACUUCACGAAGUCGGGGUGGACUUUCGAGGUCUAGUUGCUCGAGAUUUACGAAUC